UCAAGAUUCGAAUCAAAGAAAUUUCCAAUGGAGUCGUCGGAAAGUGACUCGAACAGAAGUUCACGAAGCUCCCGACAGAAAACUUCCAAAGAUGAAGUAGUGGGAGGAAUACCCACUGAAGAAGAGUUUCAAAAGUUUGUUCGUCCUUCGAUGGACAUUCAUAAGGACAUGGGUUCUUUACGAGUUCACUUUAAGAAGACAGAACCUAGACCCAAGUUUGUGAAACACUAUAUUUUGGGUCAGAAACUAGGAGAAGGUGCAUACUCUAAAGUGAAAGAAGGUAUUGAUAGUCAAACUCUGCGCAUCGUAGCAGUGAAAAUUAUAGACAAGCGUUUCCUUAAAAAGGUUCGAGGAGGCAUGGAAAAUGUAAAGCGAGAAAUUUCCAUAUUGAAACAGCUUAAGGGACAUAAAAAUAUCAUAGAACUUAUCGAAGUCAUUGAUGAACCCAAUGCACCCAAAUUAUAUAUUGUUAUGGAAUUAGCCAACGGUUGUAGUCUUCAACAGCUUACAGAAUCGGCCCCAAACAAUCGAUUACCUCACCACCAGGCGAGAUAUUAUUUCCGACAAUUGGUAGAAGGUUUAGAAUUUAUGCACAGUAGAAAUGUGGUUCAUCGUGAUAUUAAACCUUCCAACUUGAUGCUGACAACAAAAGGAGAAAUCAAAAUAUCCGACUUUGGAGUUGCAGAAUUUCUCGAUCGUUAUGCAGAACUUGAUUUAGUUACGCGUUCGACAGGGUCUCCUGCUUUUCAAGCACCAGAAAUUGCCAAAGGAGAAAGUGACUUUUCUGGUAGAAAAGUAGAUAUAUGGGCUGCUGGGGUUACUUUGUUUUAUUGUUUGACUGGACGUCUACCUUUUGAUGGAAACAACUUGUUUGAGCUAUUUGAGAAGAUUGGAAAAGGCGAGUUCGAAAUUCCUUCCUUUGUAGAAGAAAGCGCGAAGGAUCUGUUGUUACAUGUUCUGGACCCUGUUCAACAGAGAAGAUAUUCUCUUGAGGAAGUGAAAAGGCAUCCUUUUGUCAGUGAAAUGGACGAUGUAGAUUCUUACAGCACCUUUGUUCCCAUACCUGCCAGAAAACCUCAAGUUUUGAACCUUGUUGCCCGCCUUUUUGAAGAAGAUGCAGUGGCUGGAGAAGGUUUUCUGAAUAAAGAAGAAGAAGAAGAAGAUGAUGAUGAUGAUGAUGAGGAACCAACGGAAAAUCGAGAGACAGCAAACUGGCGUUGUUCUAUUAUUUGAUUGUUGUAAUAAAAAUGGUUGUGGUAGGAAUAAUGAUUAGGAGAAACCUCACUCUAUUACCAAGAAUGAUUUGAAAAUACGAUCAAAUUGUAUGGGAAAUUGUCGAAAUUAUAAAUAUAUUGAUAGAUAACAGCUGAGGGAUGGAAGGAAAAUUUUCUAUUUGAAAUACGUGAAUAAACGAAUCAUCCGUAAA